AUGCCUGUAGAGGAAUAUCUUUGUUCAAAAAGAAAAAAGUAUAUAAAACUUGCAUUGAGGGAGUCCGAUUAUAUCUUUUUAAGGGCAAAUAAAAGCGACACUGAUGCCAUUUUGGACCUCAUGAAGAUUUCCUAUUAUACAGAAGAACCAACGUACACUGCCUUACAAAUAGAGGACCCUAAAAUUAGCUUGGAAGGGGCAUCAAGAUCCCUAGCUGAAGGACUAUCCUAUGUGGCCAGAUGUAGGGUAAAUAUGAUGGGUGUAUUGUGGGGGGCAAGUAUAAACUGCACGUCAAACCCAUGGGAUCCAGAUUUAAAGGAAAAAUUGGCUUGCAGUGUUCAGGACCCUAAAUUAAGACAGCUUUUCCUAUUUUACGCGCAUAUACAGAGAGCUCCAAACUUAUUCAAAUGUUUUAAUGUACAAAAAGUAUACGAGAUUGAAUGCGUUUUUGUAUCCCCAGAGCACCGUUAUAGAGGCAUAGCUGCUAAGUUAAUAGAACUCUCGAGAAAUUUGGGGAGAGAUUGUGGGUACAAAAUAAUCCGUUGUGACGCUACCAGUGCGUUUACACCAACUAAAAAUGAUUACAAUGAAAUUCUAAAUUUGAUGGAGAAAACUUAUUGUAAGGAUGAACCAACUUUCAAAACCUUGAAUAUCGAAAAUCCCAUACAAUUUCUUGAUUUGACGACAAAAUAUUUGCAAGAAGGACUUUCUUACGUAGCAAAAUGUAAAAAUGAUGGUAAGAUUGUGGGGGCUAUGAUAAAUACAGAAUAUACCAAAGUUAAAAGAGAACAAAGGCUGAAAAUUCUUCAGGAUCCUCAAUAUAAAAAACUACUGAUGUUUAAUGAACACACUGAAAAUCUUAUAGACCUAUCCAGAGUUUAUGGUGAUUAUGUCGAAAAAAUAUUCCAGAUAAAAUUUGCUUUUAUCCAAAAGGAGUAUGGCCAAAAAAAUAUUACAGGCAACCUUGCAAUUCAUGUAAGAAAUUUUGCAAAACAAAGCGGAUAUAGAUUUAUAAUAACUGUUACAACUAGUUCCUAUACUGCCGCAGUAGCAGAAAAACUUAACUUCAAAAAAAUUGUCCAAAUCCCAUACAAAGAUUUGGUUGGGCAGGAUAACAAGCCUUUAUUUAAUACUGAAUAUCCUCAUUUAAUGUUUAGAGUAUAUAUUUUGGACACUGUAAAUAUUUGA